CACCGCACGCGCGCUCCAAGCGCAAGGGCUAUUCAGCCGCCGCACACAAACAGUCACGGACCGACGGGUUUAAAGAACUGAGGAUUUAAAUUAAAUACCGAGUGUGAGAGACGUUGAGCCUUGGGUGAGGGAGGGAAAGAGACUGAUUUGUAUCUUACCCAGAUCGGGAGGGGGAGGAGGCACGGAGAAUGAGCUAUUAUUGUACCAGCACAGAGGCUGUGUGUAACAGCCAGGACGCACCUAACGCCAGUGCGAGGAAAGCAGCUACUAAUAAUACGAACCGUGGCAGCGAAGGUCUCGAGAGCAGCAGCAGCACUAGUUCACGGCAGUCGCAACCCCAACCGCUCGUGGCCAUGAAAGUGAAGAAAGGCUGCAACUCGACAGAUGCUGGGGUCCCGGUUACAAGUGAAGACGAGUUGCUAAGAAACCCCGUAAUAUCGCCUGAGGAUGUACUUGGGUUACAGAAGAUCACCGAAAACUACCUAUGUUCCCCAGAGGAGAACGUUCACAUGAUCGACUUCACACGGUUCAAGAUCCGAGACAUGGAGACUGGGACGGUGCUGUUUGAGAUCACCAAACCCCCUGUACCAGCGGGCGAAAAGAAGGAUUUUGACCCCAACGGAGGCCGCUUCGUCCGUUACCAGUUCACCCCUGCCUUCCUGCAGCUGCGCCAGGUCGGCGCCACUGUGGAGUUCACAGUGGGAGACAUGCCCAUCAACAACUUCAGGAUGAUUGAGAGGCACUACUUCAGAGAGCAGCUCCUCAAGAGUUUUGAUUUUGAGUUUGGUUUCUGUAUGCCCAGCAGCAAGAACACCUGCGAACACAUCUACGAGUUCCCCCCUCUAUCAGAGGACAUCAUGCGUGAGAUGAUCCUACACCCAUACAAAACGCAGUCCGACAGCUUCUACUUUGUGGACAACAAGCUGGUGAUGCACAACAAGGCAGACUACUCCUACAGUGGGAGUCCGUAGGAGCACAGGACUUCCCUAGACACCUAGACCCACUCCAACUCCAACUCUAACCCACCCCUCCAUAGGACCAUGGACAGACAGACAGACAGACAAUGCGACAGACAGACAGACAGACAGACAGACAGACAGACAGACAGACAGACAGACAGACAGACAGACAGACAGACAGACAGACAGACAGACAGACAGAUAGACAGACAUAACGAACGGAGAGACGUAUGGACGGACUGACAGGUGACAAGCAACAGGACUGAUGGACAGCCUCGCACUCUCAGCUGCUUUAUUUCUCCAAUCAGAAUUCCCCCAUUGUUUGUUAUCCCCUUAGUUGCAAUCCCCUACCCCAGUCUCUUGCAAUGACCUCUCAACUUGCUGUGUCUGAUAGAGAGUGUUAUAGAUGUGUACACAGUCUAGCAUACAUAAACACACACAGACCUUCGCUAUGGGACACAUCUGAUGUGGCCUGAUCUAGACAAAAUAAAUGCACAACCAGUACAGUAUAUAAGGGCCAGUAACAAUGAGUGAGAUUGAAUGUCUAGUCAGUGUGUUCUCAGUCAGUCAGCUAAAGAGAAAAAGAGAAAGGGAAAGACAGAAAAGAAGAGACAGAAAAAAUGUAGAGAGCGAGAAAGAGAGAUAGAGAGAGUGUCUGCUUAUCUGCACUUCAUCUCAUUGACAUUUACAGUACCAGUCAAAAGUUUGGACACACCUACUCAUUCAAGGGUUUUACUUUACUAUUUUCUACAUUGUAG